AUGGCCGUCAUUAUGCCGUUGAUGGUAGUUGCCACCCCUCAGGUCCAGCCUCGCACUCUUGAAACGGGAACUGAACGCACCAUAUCAUCUGAGGAAGAAAACAGCCAGCUCCUCGACGCCUUUCUUGAGAGCUGCACCGAAACCGCGCCCACUCACCUUGCCCCAGCGAACGCGGUCUCAGUAACCACCAUUAAUUCGACGAUCCUCACUCUUCCGCUCAGCAUCAUCAGAAAAUUCCUCCGCAAUCUCCUAACCUCAUCCACCCCACUGAUUCUCCAGCACGAUUUCAUCACCAUACCAGGAGAGUACCGCACCCACGUUGAGCCAAAGGUCCUUCAGGUCUGCAAAAUCUUCCACACCGUUGGCGUCCCUAUCUUGUACGGCGAGAACACGUUCACCACUUCUUCGCCAGCCACUUCCUUCGACUUCGACGAGCAUAUCCUAUCUUUGUCGGGGAGCAAGAGGCAAAUGAUCACGGAUAUCAAGCUUGAGAUUGACUGGGCUGAUAAGCUGUGGGCUAAAUUCCCACUCGUGGCUCGUGCGCUGGUGGAGUUGAAGGGCUUGCUGAAGCUUGAAAUUGCUAUUGUCGAGAAGGAAGAGAUGGUGGAGAAGAAGCGAACAGCAUCGAUAGAGAAGGACGCGAACCUGAAAAUAAUGAUCACAUAUAGUCAAACUUCACCAAGCAAGGACAAAGGAGCCCGUCAACGCGCACCAGCCACCGACAGAGCAGACAGUCGAAUGAAGAGAAAAGGCCCGGCAGCGGAUGUGAUGCUCAAGGCCGAAAUGAAGAUGCUUAAGGAUCUGGUCAUCGGAAUCAAAAGGCUAAAGAGCAGGUGCUACUUGGACAUCAUUAACUGCUUGGCUGAAUGGUUUGACGAUGUGCCAAUCAACGGCAGAAUCUCUGGACGACUUACCGCUUUAUUGGAAGCAGCAUUGGUAUGUGAUGAUGUGUUUCAGGACAACGCGGCUCGAAUGGUAUGUGGGAGCUUCGUGGAUCGAAUAGGAAGGAAUGUGUUUUGA